AAGCUGAAAAGACACAAUUGCUGUUCUUCCAUUAAUAGUUCAAAUCUGACACUAAUCUGUUGUUUAGUAAUGUAACACAGCAGCUUUUUUUUUUUUUUGUCAAUCUGAAUAUCAGACGAUGACACGCAUGGUGAGAACUAAUACUGUGAGACUUGGCAUGAAAAAAAAAAAAGAAAAAAGAAAAAAACUCGGUUUCCCAGCCUCAUUCGCUGUCAUGGCAUCAUCAGUCAACCAAUGAAACUGUCCCGCAGAGACAUCUUCCUAUUUGGUGGUGUGAAGUUGAAGAGGCUGUCGCAUGAAUUACUGUCACAAAACACAGCGAGUCACAGAGUUGAGGACGGCUGCUGGAAAUGGCUGAAGAGGACCAGAGCGAGGCAUCACAACAAACAGCUGGGAGCGAUGAAGACAAGGCGAGAGCGAAACAGGCUUCUCCCUGCAUUAUCGAAAUUCACGACUCUACGACUGAAUGCGAGGAAGAAACGGGGCCCAGUAAGGUGCCAAUGGAGGAGAAAGCAUUUGUAGCAAGUUUGCACUGUUUUAUGAAAGAAAAGGGCACACCCAUAGAAAGGAUUCCCCAUCUUGGCUUUAAACAGAUUGAUCUCUGGAUGAUCUACAAAGCUGUUGAGAAACUCGGGGGAUAUGAAUCAGUGACAACUGGACGCCUUUGGAAGAAAGUCUACGACGAGCUUGGAGGAAGCCCAGGUAGCACCAGCGCUGCUACCUGCACUCGGAGACACUAUGAGAGGUUGGUGCUGCCGUUUGAGAGGCACAUAAAAGGGGAGGACGACAAACCUCUACCUCCAAGCAAACCGCGGAAGCCAUACAAGAGGAAUCAGGAGGGCAAAGUGAACAAGAUUGACGGAAAGAGGAAGAGGAGUCAUUCUGAGAGAGAAAUGGAUUCCGAGUUACCCCAAAGAAGCCAAGAUGUGGUCUGCCAAAGUGAAUCAAUGAUGAGUCCUCAUUUCGCCCUCUGGCCUCCCAGCUCUGACAGACGCCACCCGGAGCGACCUCAACCGAGCAGAACCGCUGGAGAUUUCUGCCCCCCUGUAAACGGCCACGUCCUGCAGGCUCCCAACAACUGGAUUCCUCAUCUUCCCUCUGUUACUGGAGAGGUCAUCUCUCCUCUGGAGAAGAAGAAGCGAAUGGCUCAGGCCAGCCUCAGUGUGCCGCUGAGCUCCCAGAGAGAGGACAAGGAGAGGCCUUCAGUCAUCCACUGCUCCCAGUCUCCAGCCAGGGCUUCUUCCAGCAGAAACUGCAAUUCCUCUGAAGGCUCUCCAUUGCCCUUAUCCUCCUCCUCUUCGCGCAGUCCUUCCCCCCUUUCCGUUUCCUCAGAAGAAUCUCCAGCAGGCAGUGGGGACAAACCCAGACCCAGCUCAACGUCGGCCGAGAACUGUUCGAUCGCAGCCAAAGUGCAAGAGGACAACAAACCCGUGAGCUGCGAUCAGCCGGCUACAAACACGUCGGCACAGAAGAAAGACGCGCCUCUCGUCAGCUCCCAAACGCUGACUACUGACUCUGUAAAAAGCCAAAGAAAAGACUCAGCCUGGAACCCUUACCACAAAGUUCACGGCAAAUAUUUCGCAAACCCUUUCCACUCACCGCCUUCCUUCUCGCAUUCUACCUCCAGCUUCACCAAAGUCACUCCCAAAUCCGUGCAGCUGCUGCGGCCUUCUCCCAUUCGGCCAGGUUACAAACUUCUCCACAGCAGGCUGCUCCAGACGGACAACUCUCUGCCUUUCACCAAGAAGCUGGGCGGCGUGACCCCGUGGUCUUACCCGACAGAGAAGAGGGACAGGUCAAGGACGGUGCAGCAGAAAGUUCCUCCCAGUCAGCAGGGAUUGUCUCAGUCCGCCACUGCCCUGCCGGCGUCGUGCGUCCUGUCCAGUUACGACAAAUCGGCGAGAGACUCCCGGCACCAUCAGCCAUUAUACCCGGCGCUCCUUCCCCACAGAAUGAGACUCCCUCCCUCCCAGCUAAUGUACCACUCUAUGCCAGUCGGUCCGAGUCACUCGGCUCUCAUCGGUCCGGCCGUUUACCCGUACCCUUACGCCAUUCCUCUGCUAAGUCCACAAGUCGGAUACCCGCUACCUGCCAUGAGUUCGGUUUAUCCUCACAAGCUUUGAGGAGGACAAUUGAACAUGUUAGAGUAUCUUUCAAACUAGAAGAGAGAAAAUCAGGGAGGUAUUAUGAGUCAAACAAAACCACUAGAAAUGCAACAAUUAUCCACAGCUGCUAAGACCAAGGCCACUUGAAUCUGUAUCGUGUAAAUGUGAAACUGCGUUAUUUUCAUCCUGUCUUUGUGUUCCCCCACAAAGUUCUACUUUAUUAUACAUUAAAAUAAAAGUCAUAUUUUUUCAGCCAAUUCACACAUCCGGAAAAGUUUAGUAUUUAAAGGGGUUAGUUUAUCCACAGCAUCAGCCUUACCUCAUUAACGUUUGAUUGCACUGUUUCAGUUCUUGUUCUUAAAUAAAAAUAAAAUAAAAAAAAGCAACUCUGCUGUUGUUUUUAGUACUGUAAAGUCAGAACAGUAAACAAUGUGGUCGCUCUUUUUGUUUUUUUGUACCUUUUAUCAGUGUUAAAUAUCUUGUAAAAAAAA